AUGGGAUACGAAAUCCGGUGUGCUCAGUCGGGGGAAAGAGCCAAAGCCAAUACGUCUGAUUUAAACGAAGAGUUUGGGACAGAAGAAGUACGUCAACGUCGAGACCAAAUAAAGGUUCUGGACGAGUAUAGCGUCGUGUCCGAACCUUUGCCUACGUUUCCAAAAGACCUCGACGUCUUCCUUGAGACGCUGGCACUGUGCCACACUGUUCGAGUAACUGUCGACGCCAGCAGAGUCGAGGACGGCCUCGUUCACCAGAGCUCAGAGGGUGCCGCAAAACCGUUAGCGAAGUUCCAGUAUCAAGCAGCAAGUCCGGACGAGAAGGCGCUGGUGGAGGCGUGUGCUUCGUUUGGUGUCAUAUUCGAAAAACAACAGGGUAACCAGCUAACACUCGAUGUUCGAGGUGAGAAGAGAACCUUCACAAGACUCCAAGUGUUAGAAUUUGACUCAGACAGGAAGCGCAUGUCAGUCGCGGUGAAGGAGAACUCGACGGGUCGCAUCUGGCUUCCUGACGAAGGGCGCCGAGAGCAGCGUCUUCCUGAAGUGCGACCUCCAGAACGACCAUCAGCGUGAGAUCCACGCACUGACGAACAAACACAUUGACGA